AUGACCAUUGACAUCAAAUGGCAUCCCCCUCAAAAGGGGUGGUACAAACUCAACAUUGAUGGUGCUCGUGAUAACCUCAAAAGUGGCAUAGGUGGAGUCUUCCGAAGUUGCAGUGGGAAGUGGAUUAUUGGCUUCCAAAAGAAAACCAAUGCCAUAUGUCCUCUACACGCUGAAUUACAGUCACUCCAGGAAGGCCUCAAAUUAGCUCACAGAUUCAGGCUGUUUCCAUUAGAAAUUGAAACAGAUUCAACAGACGUCAUCAAAGCCAUUGAAAAUGGCCAUGCUACUCUAAAUAACGUAAUCUUUUUUUGCAGGUCAUUAAUGCUCCAGCUGAAGGACCUAGUACUGAGGCAUAACUUCAGAGAAGGCAAUAGGGUGGCGGAUGCACUAGCUAAAGAUGCAAAAAAAAGGACGACAGCAAAAAUAUGCAUGAAGAAGUUCAAGUAUUAG